AAGCUCUGCUGGGACUGAUCGCUGAAAGCGAACUAGCACUGGAACAUUUGAAAGCAACUUCGAAAUACUCUAUAAAUCUUUCAUUGACGUUAGGUGUCAACACUGUCGCUGAAUCGAUCAUUUAAUACCGUUUUUCCUGGAGAUGCGUCACUUGAAAAACUAUUAGUGGACAACGGUGGGCAUAAACCAGGAUGAGUGGGAGCUCCGCGGCGCCCUACCGCUUCGACAACUACUUUGCUGUCUGUGGGGUAGACACAGAAACUGGACUGGAACCUGACUAAUUAGCAGAAUAUCCACGAAUGAUGGACGUUGCUGCAACUUGCGCAGAGAAUGAAGAUGAGGGUCCAGUAGUACUCACAGGAGUGCCUGAAAUGACCUGGGAUGAACUGACUGAAAAGGAGGGGAGUUUACCUGAUGUCUCAGAGGAUCUUCAAACCAAGUUGAGUUCAAAGGCAUCUGAAAACAAGUUGCAAAUACAAAAUAAAAGAAAAAAAUUGAAGCUCACCAACAGUCUUACCUGGAAGGAAGUAAAUCCACCUUCUAAGCUAAAUUCAACAGAUGAUAGUAUUCAGAUUCAUAAUGUAGUAUCACUUUUACCUUUAAACCAAAGUGAAGGUGCAAGCGAGGAUGCAGGUUCUGUGCGUUUACAAACUGAUUUAAGCACAGAACAUUCUAAAAACAGGGUUGUGAAAAUUCUACAACAUGAAGACAUUUCAGAUGAUGACCCCUCCCAGCUGGCCACAAAGCUCCCAACAACAGAGCAAUUUCUCUCAGCAGGUUCAGAGGACCCACAGUAUCGAUAUAUCAGUGAAGCUGAAAGUCCACAGAGAGAGUCUAGAGCUGUGGAGACAUCUUCACCUGCACAAGUAACUGCACCCAACAAUACUCAGUCACCAUUUGAAAAUGAAGGCUAUGGACAUUUGCAGGGACACACUCAGACAAACACAGUAACCAUUUCAGAUGAGGAACUGGUUCCAAAGAAGCAGGUUUCACCUGACACAGAAACGAGGGACAAAGCACAUUGUUCUUAUACUUUUGUUGAAACUGGUCCAUUAUACCCUAAAUGUGGCCGUGGUCCUUUUUCUGAAGAUGAGACUCAUGAUAAUGGUGAUGAUGAUGAUGAUGACUGGUUAUUCAUACCUAUGAGCAUAUCAGACCUUAAAUUUAAAUCACAUAAUGAAGACCAGGAUAGCCCAGUAAGAUGUGUGCUAGAUGGCGGGGCAAGACGAUGUGACGCAAGCCCAAUAUACUGGACAUCUCCAAAACCACUACCAGCUUCUUCUUCCCAGAUCGAUACAUUUGACACUCUUGAAAGCUUUAGGCAAGCUUUCAGUGAAAGAAGGAAAGGAUUUGGGUUGGCAGUAGCAGGGAGCACACCUGAGCUUGAAAUGGACUCUGUUGGAAAACUAGAAACAACUGAGAACAGGAGAGAGUCUGUAGACAGCUGUGAAACUGAAGACAGUUGUGAUUACUCCUCCACAUCGGAACACAAGUAUUUGACAGUGUCCAGGAUGAGGUUGGCACCUCUGCCCUCAGAGACAAUUGACUCUGAGGGUGAAGGCGAUGUAACAAACAUGCCAAUAAGGCAAAACAAGAGCUUGGGCAAGUCUUGCAUGAAAAGCAUCAGAUUGACCAAUGGACAGAAUAUUCCAAAUGAGGCUGACAUUAUAAUCCUUGAUUCUGAUGAUAAAAGUGACCAAAACUGCAAAAAGACGGCUGAAACCAAAGGAGGGCCUAAAACUAUGGACAGUCAGUGUGGUACCGUUACAAAAAAGUGUCAAAGAAACAGACUGCUACCAGUUGCACCCCAGCACCAACCCCUACAUCAUGACACAUUAUUUGAAGAAGUGAGGCAGGAUGCUUGCUCUGACCCGUCUCCCAGCACAGAGACGAUUGGGCAGCUGAUUAAAACCAAAGCUGCCUCUGAGCAUGUUAAACGUAAGACCAAAAGAAGAAGGAUUUCCAAAGAAAAAAGUGUUGUAAUCAUUGACUCUGACUCCGAUACAGACGAUGACUCCUGGAUCAGCUGGCAUUGUUUUUGAAUAUUCAACGGGGAACAAAUAUUUUUACGAGUUACCUAAAAUGUAUGAAAAUACAGCAUUAUGUUGAAUAUCUUUUUAUUUUAUCAUCUAAAACUU